AUGGAGUACCGCAACGGCAUGGACAUGAACAGUGUGACAGAGCUGAUGUGCCAUAACGGCUGUAACAGCGACAGCACCGUGCAGCAGCUGAAACGGGGCGAAGCUGCGCGCUUGAAGUCGGAGGAGCAGCGCGUGGCGACCAUGCAGUCAGCCUACUCCAACAUCCUGUGCGCUGUCGGAGAGGACAUUGAGCGUGAUGGACUGCUUAAAACUCCUCUCCGAGCCGCCAAGGCCAUGCAGUUCCUGACCAAAGGAUACCACCAAGACAUCUACGAGGUCCUUAAUAAUGCCAUUUUUGAAGAAGAUCAUGAUGAGAUUGUAAUAGUGAAAGACAUUGACAUGUUCUCACUUUGUGAACAUCAUCUUGUACCAUUCUUCGGCAAGGUCCACAUAGGAUAUUUGCCAAGAAAGAAAGUGGUCGGACUUAGUAAACUUGCUAGAAUUGUAGAAGUCUACAGCCGCAGAUUGCAAGUACAAGAGCGUCUGACGAAGCAAAUCGCCACAGCCAUCUUUGAAACCUUGAAGCCAGCAGGAGUAGCUGUAGUCAUUGAAGCGGCUCACAUGUGCAUGGUCAUGCGUGGUGUGCAGAAGAUGAACAGCCGUACCAUGACCAGUACCAUGCUGGGAGUAUUCAAAGAGGAUCCGAAGACUCGUGAUGAGUUUCUGGCAUUGACCAAGAGCAGUUAGUGUCCCACUGCUCCUUCAUUAAAAUGUCAUCUUGACAUGAAACACCAGCAGAGCAAUUUUGCACCUAACUGAGCCUAACACUCGCUUCUUUUGUCAUCCACACAUCCUACAUGUGCUUGAUGUUAGGGCAACACUUGCUGUUACAUCAAUGUAAUCAUAAAUACUCCAUCACAGAGGCAAUUAUUUUAUUAUUAACUUAUAUUAAUUUUUAUUUAAGUAACCUUAUAUGUUGAUAUAUACCAAGCUAAUUUUUAUUACUUUAUAGCUGCUUGAAAAACUAAUGAAUGCUUUAUUUUUGAUUUAGUACUAUUUUAACAAAGUGAUAGUUUUUUAAUUUAUAAAUAUCAAGUAUGACUACCAUCACCGUUGUGUUAUGCUAUGUACUUGUCUUGUCUGAUCAAUAUUUAUGAGAUCUGUAAUAUUUCAAUAUUUGAGAUCUGUAAGUUGACAUCUUGUUAACACUGUAAAUUGCAUUUCAUGAACAAUUAACGUUUUUGGCAGGUCCAUGAUUAUUUUUUUCAUUUAUAGUAACUGCUUAUCCUGGUGGAUCCUGGAUAUAAACACACAUAUUGUUGAGCAUUCACGGUCAAUAGCCGUUAAUUUACAAAUGCAUCACUGAAUAUGUACCUUUCUUUUAGAAUGCAAUUCAAAUGAAAUCCUGUGUAAUAUUUUCUCUAAACAAAAAAAGGGUGUUAUUAAAAAAACUUGUCAGAUUU